AUGCCAGUUAAUACGGCUCAUAAGAAUCUUGAGGAUGCUAUAGCGCAACUAGAACAAUCUGCGUUUGUUCCCAAAAAUCAAAGACAUGAUAGCAUCCUUGACGCUGCAAGAAGUAUAACGUCCCUGGCAUAUGAAUAUGGUAUCGAAACGGGUCUUCUAGACCGUUUAUUGGAUGUUAUUGUGAGGUCCAAGUACCUCAAUCAAACUACGGUCACUGCUCUUGUUAAAAAUCUAUACCCGUCCGAAAGGGUGCCAUCUAAAUUGAUUGCAAGGGUCAUCGCUUCCUUAGGCCCUUCUAAGACCAAGCCAUCGGCAGUAACACAAAAUUUGCUGCUGCAGUGGCUUAUUCUAGUAUAUGACGGACUGGAAGAUCAAUCUUAUUUGUCCAAAUUUUACGCCGUUUUUUUUGACAAUCUGGAAAUGAUUACAAUUCGGCAUUUGCUCUGCCGCCUUUUAUCUAUGAUUACACGUCGAAAACAUGUCAAACCUUUUCGCAUUCAAAGUUUGAUGGAACUUAUAAGGAAUACAGCUGGUGAGGAGAGAGAGUUGCUUGGUUUAUUGCGCGUCUUCAAAAGCUAUUACCCUGAUAUUAUCGUUACAGAUAGUGUUUUCUCACGAAAACAGGGAACAUACUUUUUUAAGCACAGUGAUGCUGAAUGGAUUUCACGCAUGCAAACACUACAGGAGACUGCAGCAAAGUCUAAGUGUUCAAAAAUGCGGACAUUUCAAGUUGUGCGUCGUGAAGGUGGGAAGCGGAGCCGUGUAGAAGUUGUUAUUCCCUCAGCAAGGACAUCCAAAGUAACCUAUGGGUUUACGUCACUAGAAGAGGUUCGGAGCAUCAAUAGCUUUGUGCAGAAGCUGGAUAAAGUUCAACUUCCCAAUCAAAUUGCUUCAGCCCUUGCAGAUCCUCUAGUUCAGAAAUAUUUACUGCUUGUGCAAAACAACCAAGCCUCACAGAGAAUGGAAAAUUGGCUUCAGAAUUUUUUUGAAGAUGAAUUAGACCUGCUUGCCGUACAAGAUUGUGAGUCGGGAGAUUUGUCAUAUGUUCUAGAAAUACUUGUUGGAUAUGUCCGAUAUGUCAAGGCAAGUUAUCAUGAAUUACCUCAGUCAGCACUUACGUUUUUCCGAAAGUAUCUUUCGAUCUGGAAUGGCAAAGACUACCAGACAAAUAUCCUGGCUCUCUUGGAAUAUCUACCAGUUGAAGGGUACAGGAAUCUUCGCAAUGCGUACUUUUCACGCCUGGAAGCCGCAAUUCUCGAUAACUCUAUUCAAGCGAAGGUUUCUCUACUUUGUUGUUAUACCAAUAUUAUCCGCCAUUGGGGUUGUUUGAUUCGGUCUGACACAAAUCUUUCAACUUCACCUCCUCUUUCAGAUCUUAUCCUUAGAUCCGAGCUUCUCUGCCUAACUCUUUUUGAAACUUCCUGGGGUAACCUGGACAUUGUCGCUCCAAUUUCUCCAGGCGUAUGUGUCCUCCAAUUCUAUAUGGAGCUGACCCAAAUGUUUUAUUUUGCGCCAAAAAAAAUGGCCAUACCCCUAACAAUACCCAUUCCUCAAACAGUUUACCAUCUUAUAUUCACCCCUACUAUUUGCAAUACGUCCAUUUUAUCCUCUAUAUUAGCACGCUACAAAGCUACACUGGAGACUCUGAAUGCUGUGUUUCCCAAUCGGGUGCCCCAAGGCGAGAUUAUUAAAUUUAACGGAUAUGUACUCGAUACUUGCAACCUUCUUUGGAGGAAUAGGGCGCUAAAUAGCGAUGAACAAAAUGCAAUAGGGUGUCUGAUUCCAACUAAGACCAUCACUACCUUAGCAAACUUUGUCCACGAUCUAAAUACCACCUUAAACGGCAGAUACAAUAGCAGUUACAAAUGCAGAUUGAAACUAGUGUCAAUGUUUUCGUUAAGCCACAAUUGUGCCCUGUGCCGCCUUUCUGCUGAUUGCAUACAGAGCCUGGAGAACAUAGCUGGGAAGGAGGGUAAAACCAUAUCUGCAAAGCUUCCGCUUCCAGUAACGCAAGAUGUGUUAACAAGAAUAGGAAGAGAUGGAGGAAUCGUGUUGAAUUGGCAAGAAUAUAGAUUGAAAAUGCUUGAUUGGCUAGAUGAGUAUGGAAGCAAAGGUAUAGGGGCUCUGAUGCGAAGUUCUAUGAUAAAUUUGAGAAAUACUUGA